UGCUGUGCCGCCGGCAGCCGGGAGGAGAGGCUCCGCUCCCUUCCCGUCGGCUCGCCUCGCCUCCGGUCGAUUCGGCGCUCAUCGGCUCGGCUCGACGUGGAUCAGAGCGGCUCGGCUCGGCUCAGCUCGGACAGGAUCGGAUCGGACCAGACCGGAGCGGCGAGGCGAGGCUCAACUCAGCUCAGCUCAGCUCGGCUCAGCUCACCGAGACACAGCACAGCUCAGCGAGCCUCAGCACAGCUCGGCUCAGCGAGGCUCGCGGCGGGGAUGGCGGUGCCGGAGCCGGACGCGCGGCUGGCGCAGGAGAAGGAGGAGGAGAGCGAGGAGGAGAGCGAGGUGCUGGAGGAGAGUCCCUGCGGUCGCUGGCAGAAGCGCCGCGAGCAGGUGAACCAGGGGAACAUGCCAGGCAUCCAGAGCACGUUCCUGGCCAUGGACACGGAGGAGGGGGUGGAGGUGGUGUGGAACGAGCUGCUCUUCACCGACAAGAAGGCCUUCAAAGCACACGAGGAGAAGAUCAAGACCAUGUUCGAGCAGCUGGUGCUGGUGGAUCACCCCAACAUCGUGAAGCUCCACAAGUACUGGCUGGACGUGAAGGACUCGAAGGCACGGGUCAUCUUCAUCACGGAAUACGUGUCCUCAGGGAGCCUCAAACAGUUCCUGAAGAAAACCAAGAAGAACCACAAGGCCAUGAAUGCCCGGGCCUGGAAGCGCUGGUGCACCCAGAUCCUCUCGGCUCUCAGCUUCCUGCACUCCUGUGAGCCCCUCAUCCACGGCAACCUGACCAGUGACACCAUCUUCAUCCAGCACAACGGGCUCAUCAAGAUCGGCUCAGUUUGGCACCGGGUGUUUGCCAACGCCCUCCCAGACGACCUGAGAAGCCCCAUCAGGAUCGAGAGGGAAGAGCUGCGGAAUCUCCACUUCUUCCCACCGGAGUAUGGCCAGAAGACGGACGGGACGGCCGUGGACAUCUUCUCCUUCGGGAUGUGUGCGCUGGAGAUGGCCGUGCUGGAGAUCCAGACCAACGGGGACACACGGGUGUCGGAGGAGGCCAUCGCGAGGGCCCGGCAUUCCCUGGACGAUCCCAACAUGAGGGAGUUCAUCCUGUCCUGCCUGACCCUGAACCCCGACAAGCGCCCGACCGCCCACAACCUGCUCUUCCACCGCGUGCUCUUCGAGGUGCACUCGCUGAAGCUCCUGGCGGCCCACUGCUUCAUCAACCACCAGUAUCUGAUGCCAGAGAAUGUGGUGGAGGAGAAGAUAAAGGAGCUGGACCUGAACAUGGUGAUGGCUGAGAUCCGCAGGGAGGGGCGGCCUGGAGCGCAGUGGAGGUACUCGGAGGUCUCCUUCCUCGAGCUUGACAAGUUCUUGGAGGAUGUCAGGAAUGGGAUUUACCCCCUGAUGAACUUCGCCGUCUCCAGACCCCACGCCCUCCCCCGUGUGCUCUCCCAGCCCCAGGAGGACCCCCAGAAAGCCAAGACUCCCACCCCAGAGCCCUUCGAUGUGGAGACCAGGAAGGUGGUGCAGAUGCAGUGCAACCUGGAGCUCAACGAGGACAAGUCCCAGUGGCACCUCACGCUCCUGCUCAUCCUGGAGGACAAACUGCACCGGCAGCUCAGCUACGACCUCCUGCCCACUGACAACUCCAAGGAUUUGGCCACAGAACUGGUGCAUUAUGGAUUCAUCCACGAGGGGACGGAGUCCAUUAAGAUGGAGAACGGGCAGAGCACGGCAGCGAAGCUGGGGCUGCCCCCCCUCACCCCAGAGCAGCAGGAAGCUCUCCAGAAAGCCAAGAAGUAUGCGAUGGAGCAGAGCAUCAAGAGCGUGCUGGUGAAACAAACCAUCGCCCACCAGCAGCAGCAGCUCACCAACCUCCAGAUGGCAGCAGUGACAAUGGGCUUUGGAGAUCCUCUCUCACCUUUACAAUCGAUGGCGGCUCAGAGGCAGCGGGCGCUCGCCAUCAUGUGCCGGGUCUACGUGGGCUCCAUCUACUACGAGCUGGGGGAGGACACCAUCCGCCAGGCCUUCGCCCCCUUCGGGCCCAUCAAGAGCAUCGACAUGUCCUGGGACUCCGUCACCAUGAAGCACAAGGGCUUUGCCUUUGUGGAAUACGAGGUCCCCGAAGCCGCCCAGCUGGCCCUGGAGCAGAUGAAUUCUGUCAUGCUGGGGGGGAGGAACAUCAAGGUGGGCAGGCCCAGCAACAUCGGGCAGGCCCAGCCCAUCAUCGACCAGCUGGCGGAGGAGGCGCGAGCCUUCAACCGCAUCUACGUGGCCUCGGUGCACCAGGACCUGUCGGACGACGACAUCAAGAGCGUCUUUGAGGCCUUUGGGAAGAUCAAAUCCUGCACCCUGGCCAGGGACCCCACGACAGGGAAGCACAAAGGCUACGGAUUCAUCGAGUACGAGAAGGCCCAGUCGUCCCAGGACGCCGUGUCCUCCAUGAACCUCUUCGACCUGGGGGGUCAGUACCUGCGGGUGGGCAAGGCCGUGACGCCCCCCAUGCCGCUCCUGACCCCGGCCACGCCCGGGGGGCUCCCCCCGGCUGCUGCCGUUGCUGGCGCUGCCACCGCCAAGAUCACGGCACAGGAGGCCGUGGCAGGAGCUGCAGUUCUGGGCACUCUGGCGACGCCGGGCCUCGUGUCCCCGGCCCUGACCCUGGCCCAGCCCCUGGGGGCUCUGCCCCAGGCCGUGAUGGCAGCACAGGCCCCUGGAGUCAUCACAGGUGUGACCCCCGCCCGGCCGCCCAUCCCAGUGACCAUCCCGCAGGUGGGGGUGGUGAAUCCCAUCCUGGCCAGCCCCCCAGCCCUGGGGCUGGUGGAGGUGAAGAAGGAGAAGGAGGAGGAGGAGGUUUUCCAGGAGUCGGAGCGGCCGGAGAUGCUGAGUGAGCAGGAGCACAUGAGCAUCUCGGGCAGCAGCGCCCGGCACAUGGUCAUGCAGAAGCUGCUCCGGAAGCAGGAGUCCACGGUGAUGGUUCUCCGCAACAUGGUGGAUCCCAAGGACAUCGACGACGACCUGGAGGGGGAGGUGACGGAGGAGUGCGGGAAGUUCGGGGCGGUGAACAGGGUGAUCAUCUACCAGGAGAAGCAGGGGGAGGAGGAGGAUGCCGAGAUCAUCGUCAAGAUCUUCGUGGAGUUCUCCAUGGCCUCAGAGACUCACAAGGCCAUCCAGGCGCUCAACGGCCGCUGGUUCGCCGGCAGGAAGGUGGUGGCUGAGGUCUACGACCAGGAGAGGUUUGACAACAGCGACCUGUCAGCGUGAGCCAGGAACCCGGGAACCGCCGGCCCGGGAUCGGGGCAGCCCCCAGCUCGGAUCUGAUUAUGGGCCCAACUCUGAUCCUGGGAAUUAGCAGAGCUUGGAUCUGGGGGAUCGGCUCAACUCCAGUCCCGGGGAUCAGCCCAACUCUCGUCCCAGGAACCAGCCAAGCUUGGAUCUGGGCAAUCGGCCGAGCUCAGAUCCGAGGGACUGGCCCAACUCUGAUCCCAGGAAUCAGCUGAGCUCAGAUCCGAGGGACUGGCCCAACUCUGAUCCCAGGAAUCAUCUGAGCUCAGAUCCGAGGGACUGGCCCAACUCUGAUCCCAGGAAUCAGCCGAGCUCAGAUCCAAGGGACUGGCCCAACUCUGAUCCCAGGAAUCAGCCAAGCUCAGAUCCAAGGGACUGGCCCAACUCUGAUCCCAGGAAUCAGCCGAGCUCAGAUCCAAGGGACUGGCCCAACUCUGAUCCCAGGAAUCAGCCGAGCUCAGAUCCGAGGGACUGGUCUAACUCUGAUCCCAGGAAUC